CCCGGCGGCCGAGGGAGCGCCCCGUCCUGCCCCGGUGCCGCCCCCCCCGCCCCCCGGGGACGGGAGCGCACGGCCGCCAUGUGAGAGAAACGGGGGCCGCGGCGGAGCCCGCCCCUGGGGCGGCGGGGCCGGAUCGGCUGGCCGCCGCGCUGCGCUGCAGGCUUUGCAGGUCCGCGGCGGCGGCGGCGGGCGGGCAGCAACAAGCCAACGCCGGCCGGCCGCCCGCGGCCCCGCCAUGGGAGCCAGGCGGGGAGGGACGCUCGCCGCUCCGAGCCGCCGGGGGGGCUGAGCCCGGCUGCGGCGCAGGGACUGUGGAUCUGUGAAGCACUUCCCUCCGAUGUGAAUGCAGUGUCCCCUGUGGGAUGCAGUAGGUGAUGCCCAGCUCUACUGCAAUGGCAAUUGGAGCUCUUUCUAGUUCUCUUCUCGUAACCUGCUGCCUCAUGGUUGCCCUCUGUAGCUCCACCAUACCUGUACAAAAACUGGCCAAGGCUCAAGACAAACAGGAGAUAAAGGCGAGCCAGGAAAAGAGGGAUCACACAUCAACAAGGGACAGCCAGACAGGCCCGGGGAAAAUGAAUGAGAUCGGCAGGAGCGGGAGGGAGGAGGGCAGCAGGGACUGGAAGAGCAAAGGAAGCAGGAGCUACUCGAACAAGGAGUCUUGGACUAAGCAAAAGCAGGCUUGGAACAGCCAGGGAACAAGCAGUAAAUCCGGGAGCAUUCAAGUGCAAGAGCAAAGGGAUGCCGCUCCCGAGGAACCUCAGGUGGCUGAAGAUUCGUCUCUCCCAGAAGCUGUUGCGAGCGUCACUCCCGAGCCUUCGGAGGAGUACGCCUAUCCGGACUACCGUGGGAAAGGCUGCGUGGACGAGAGCGGCUUCGUCUAUGCCAUCGGGGAGAAGUUUGCGCCGGGCCCCUCUGCUUGCCCCUGCCUCUGCACUGAAGAGGGCCCGCUGUGCAUUCAGCCCGAGUGCCCCAGGCUCCACCCUCGGUGCGUCCAUGUGGACACCACGCAGUGCUGCCCGCAGUGCAAGGAGAGGAAGAACUACUGCGAGUUUCGGGGGAAAACCUACCAGACCUUGGAGGAGUUCAUGGUUUCUCCGUGUGAGAAGUGUCGCUGCGAAGCCAAUGGUGAAGUGCUGUGCACUGUCUCAGCUUGUCCCCAGACAGAGUGCGUGGAUCCGGUGUAUGAGCCUGACCAGUGCUGUCCCAUCUGCAAAAAUGGCCCAAACUGCUUUGCAGAAACAAUUGUCAUUCCAGCAGGCCGGGAGGUGAAAACUGAUGAAUGCACUAUAUGUCACUGUACUUACGAAGAAGGCACUUGGAGAAUUGAACGGCAAGCUAUGUGCACUAGACAUGAAUGCAAACAAAUAUAGGAAAUCUACAAAUCUAAGUACUUUUUGUGGUUUUUAUAAAAUAUCUCACAGCAGUGAGCACCCUAGAUGACCCAGGGAAAUCUGAAGGAGAAGAUUCUGGUGAGGAGCAAAGAAUAAAUUAUUGAUAUUUUGUUUUUCAAAGUAACAUAAUACUGCAAGGCAAAGAAGUGCAUAUAUUUAAAACAUUUGGACAUAAGAAUACCUGUCUUAAUAAAUGUGUUAUUUUCACAGUGAGUACACUAAAAUACACUCUAUAAAAUAUUCUAUGUAUUUCUAUAAUGCCAUUAUAGAGCUUAAAAAUAAAUGUUUUAUAUAGACAAUACAGAUUAAA